AACUGAAGCACCCUUCCGGUCCCCGUCGAGAUGAAAAGGUGGGGCGUCGGAGGGGGAGAAGAGGGAGAGCUUUCCUGCUUGCCAAGCUUCUGCACCAGAAGAGAAAAAGACGCGUGCCAGGUUGCUCUUCAUCCCGCUUCUCCCUCUUAAGGUGGCGCACCGAGGCUCUGCGUCGUCCGCCAGCCGCUGCCGUGCCUUUCCUCCGCCGGGGGCGGGGCGGCUCCUCGCCUCCUCGCCUCUUUCCACCACCCAGAGCCACAAGCUCGAGCGGCGUUCGGUGGCGCUGCUUUGUAAGGACGCUCCUGGGAUCGGCUCCCCUUCAGUCGGCAGGAGGCUUCAGCAGAAGCCAUCCGGGAGCGGAAUCGCUCGAAAGCCGCCGCCGCCGCCGCCGCCACCACCAGUGGGCACGUGCUGCAGCCGGAGCCGGCAGACCUGUAACCUUAAAGCCGGAGGGACGGACUCCUGCCUCCCUUCUUUCCCAUCCCAUCCUGGAGAGGGGCGCCGCUGCCUUUACUCGCCAGGAGAGCCUCCUGGAGACGCUUACUCGCGUGUUCCUCGGGAUCUUCCGAACUGACCCAUGAAACCAACCGACGCAUUUAUUUUCUCAGGUUCUUGAAGAUUUGGUUCUCCUUAUGAGGAUGUAAGAAAUGUAGAAAGGCUGGCCCCCAAUGCAUUCCUGGACUGCAGUUCGUGCUUAUCAUUUUACAUUAAAGGUAACUGAAGGACACUUUAUAUGUGAGAAAUCUUUCUCCUUGGCUAAUGAGGACUGUGUCUGCUUAGGCCUCCAAAGAAAGCACAGUCCCUCCUUGACAGACAGGAAUGUGGAAGAAGGCCUGCAAGGAAGUGCCAAAUGUAUACAUUCAGCACCUGAGGAAAAUCUCAGAGGUCACCAGCCCUCAGCAGAUCCCUUGGAAGGCCAGGAGGCUAAACAUCUGCCAGCUAGACUCUGUUCCUCAAAGCCAUUGGUGUCAAGGCAUGCCCCCCGCUGUGACAGAUAACUGGGAGAUGCCUGGGCACUGGUUCUCUGCAGCAUGCUAAGGAGACGCAACCUUCUCACCACACUUCUGAUUGUUUUGCCAUGGGGCCUUCUUUUAACAUUGUGGCAUCAGUACCCAACCACCCGCUACCUCAGCCUUCUGAGAAAGGAAACAGAUGAAAAUGUGACAGCCAAAUCUCUCUUCAAUAGCACAUCACUAGUGAGGGAGGAUGGGCUCUUAUCAUGUGCUCGGCAGCUGGCCGUUGGAACAGCUUCAAAAAUAAUUCGGAGCUACGUGUACUCCAGGCCUCCCCCAUGGUCAGACACUCUGCCUGCCAUAUUUGUGAUCACACCUACCUACACUCGGCCAGUGCAGAAGGCUGAACUUACCCGACUGGCCAACACUUUCCUCCAUGUGCAGAACCUCCAUUGGGUGGUGGUGGAGGACUCACCCAGAAGGACCAACUUAGUGUCCAAUCUGCUGGAGAAGGCAGGGAUCAAUUUUACUCACCUGAACAUUGAGACUCCUAAGAGCCUGAAAGUUGGCCUGUCCUGGAUCCCAUCUCACACUCCGAGGGGAACAUUCCAGAGGAAUCUGGGACUACAUUGGUUGAGGGAAAGUUUCAGCAACGCGCCACCACCGGAAGGUGUAGUGUACUUUGCUGAUGACGAUAACACCUACAGCCUGGAGCUCUUCGAAGAGAUGCGCUACACAAAGAAGGUGUCCGUAUGGCCAGUUGCCUUUGUUGGUGGUCUCAGAUACGAGUCCCCAAAAGUGAGCCCAGCAGGCAAAGUGGUGGGCUGGAAGACUGUAUUUGACCCUAACCGGCCCUUUGCCAUUGACAUGGCUGGCUUUGCCGUCAGCAUCAGAUUGAUUCUGGAGAAGCCUCAGGCCACUUUCAAGCUGGAUGGAGUGAAAGGAGGUUACCAAGAAACAAGUUUACUGAAGGAUCUGAUAACGAUGGAUGGAUUGGAGCCCAAAGCUGCCAACUGCACAAAGGUCUUGGUCUGGCACACAAGGACUGAAAGGCCAACAUUGGUUAAUGAAGGCAAACGUGGAUUCACAGACCCAAGGAUGGAAGUAUAGUAGGAAAAUCAUCUUAUGUGAUCGUAACUUUUCUCAUCUCCACACUUGCUCAGCAGCACACUGAUGGAACAAUGAGGAAUAACAUCCUACGCAUGUUCAUAUCUACCAUCUUCCUAAAGCCAUGAAAGAAAGAAACAAAGUGAAUGUGGUACCCAAGUCCAAUUGCUUUGUCCAAUAUCAUUCACCAUACAGCUAUGUUUCUGCAUUUGUAUUUAUUUGCUGACUUAAAAAAAAAAUACAAACAAUUAUCUAAAUAGAUACACACACAUAUACACCCUGUCUGUAACAAUGGAAGAAGAUCCAGAUUUGCCUGGUAAACUACUCUCUUUGGUACUACAUCUCCUACAUCCCUGAUUUCUGAAGCCCUGUUUUGUGAAGCAAAUGUGCUCCAAACCUUGGCAGUUCAAAAGGAGGGCAUCCCUGCAAUAUGAGCAAUGGAAUAUGCCAACAUCACUCUCUCAGAAUAGCAUAAAGCCUCAUUCAGUCUGUGGGAUUCACCCUCCAAAAGGAUGUGGUUGGGCAGCUCAUACUUAGAGGUACCAUGGUUCAUUCUUUGGAUUUGUUAAAUUCUACAUCAGUUCCCUUUGUAAGAUCCAAAAUGCCACACAUGGUUCUAUCCAGGUCCAGCUCCUCUUGGAUCUGAAUGACAAACUGAACUAGAAAGUGGGUCCAUUGAACUCGAGAGCCUCAUUGGCUCAGUUUGCAUCUCAUAGGAAACCAUAGUUAAUGGUUUACCAUGAAUGCACCUUUCUGGACGGUUUGUCUCCUCCUUGCUAGCAUGCAGAGGAAACAAACCACAACCCCUGGUUUAGUGUUACUUCCUAGCUAGGGAUAAAUGGUUGAUUCCUGCAGUAAGCCAAGAACAAAACUUGGCUACACAGCAUGGUUUGUUGAGAGUGAAACAAACUAUGAUCCCUGAUACAGAUGAAACUCUUAAGUCAGAGAAUGUGGUUUGUUUUCUUCCAGCAGAAGCUGGUAGGAACACAGUGGCCAAGAUAGGCAUGUUCACCUCUAACUAUGGUUUACCAUGAUGUGUGAAUGAGACCAUUGUCUACAACUUAGCAGAGUGAAAUCUUCACAUGCAAUAGAUAAAUCCCUUUUAACAAGAGAUAGAGGCAAUUGUUCCAAGUCCAGUGCUUCUUUGUCCUUCUCUGAGCAUGUAAAAUCUUGGCCAAUAGCUAGGUUCUGACUUCCUGAACCUAUGUGGCUAGAAAAGGGACACUACACUAGAUGGACCUCUGGUUAGAUACAGCAGGCCUUUUCUUAUGUUCACAUGGCUUUGUAGAACUCUUGCACAUUCUGGAACUGUCAAUGCACUUGCAUGAUCAAAUUCAUUUCCUGUCCAAACUGCUCUGAACUCCAAAAACCCAACAUGUUUGGAGUGAGCAAAGAAUGUUCAGCCAUACUGAGCCAUAGACUCCAAGCUUUAAUACAUGUGAUGGUGGCAUCAUCCAGAAACAAAACUUGGAACUACUGAAGAGGAAAUGACUGCUGAAAACAAAUGUUCAUCCAUUAUGAGCAUUAAGGAGAAACAAAAACACCUACAAGCAAGCAAUCUUGUCUGUAGUUGGAAGAAGUACUGUCAAGUGUCAGCACAUCAAGGUUUGGGAGCAGUGUGGAUUCAAAAGGGAAAAAAAGAUUUGUGAGCCAAAAUAUAUAAAGGCUUAAUAGCACAAAUGUUUGUUUCUAUGGUAGGCUGUGUUCACAUAACAAAAAAAAAAAGCACACCUCUGGUAUUUUUACAUAUGUGUGGAAGUUCUCACACUUGAGGAAAUGAAAGGACAUUUUUUAGCAACUGAGCCAACCCUAAAAAUGAUUCUGAGAUGGCAGGACACCUAUUUGUUUCUUAGCUUAUUUAUAAGAUGGGUCUUUUCGGCCAAUGCUAUUUAUAUUAACCUGGAUCGCCUGGCAUGUUUUGUGGGAAAUUUUUUUUCUCUCCUUCAACCUUCUGAAUCUCAAUAGGGAAUAUCCAGUUUUAUACUUGCUAUUGAAAUGUCAUAUAUAAUUUCAUGCUCACUGCAUUAUUGGGGGGGGGGAACCUGGUGUCUUAAAUUAGCAAAAUAAUUAGAAGCACAGUAAUGAGGAAACUAAUUCAAAGGACUAUGUGGGAGUUAAGGUUGACA